GGCCGAGCUCUGGUCCCGGCCGGCGCGCGGGGCGCAGCGCUGCGGAGCGGAAGUGGAGCUUCCGGAGCCCCGGCCCGGCGCGGCCCGGCCAUGUCCACCUUCCGGCAGGAGGACGUGGAGCUGCACUAUGACAUGGGCGAGGAGCUGGGCAGCGGCCAGUUUGCCAUCGUGCGCAAGUGCCGGGAGAAGAAAACGAAUCUGGAGUACGCAGCCAAGUUCAUCAAGAAGCGGCGCCUAUCGUCCAGCCGGCGGGGCGUGAGCCGGGAGGAGAUCGAGCGGGAGGUGGACAUCCUGCGGGAGAUCCAGCACCCCAACAUCAUCACGCUGCAUGACAUCUUUGAGAACAAGACGGAUGUGGUGCUGAUCCUGGAGCUGGUCUCGGGUGGCGAGCUCUUCGACUUCCUGGCCGAGAAGGAGUCCCUCACCGAGGAGGAGGCCACACAGUUUCUCAAGCAGAUCCUGGAUGGGGUCCACUACCUGCACUCCAAGCGCAUUGCCCACUUUGACCUCAAGCCUGAGAACAUCAUGCUGCUGGAUAAGAACGUGCCCAACCCCCGCAUCAAGCUGAUUGACUUUGGCAUCGCCCACAAGAUCGAGGCGGGGAACGAGUUCAAGAACAUCUUUGGCACUCCGGAGUUUGUAGCUCCCGAAAUAGUGAACUACGAGCCCCUGGGGCUGGAGGCUGACAUGUGGAGCAUUGGAGUCAUCACCUACAUCCUCCUCAGCGGUGCCUCCCCGUUCCUGGGCGAGACGAAGCAGGAGACCCUGACGAACAUAUCAGCUGUGAACUAUGACUUCGACGAGGAGUACUUCAGCAACACCAGUGAGCUGGCCAAGGACUUCAUCCGACGCCUCCUCGUCAAAGACCCCAAGAAGAGGAUGACGAUUGCCCAGAGCCUGGAGCAUCCUUGGAUUAAGGUGAUCAAGAGGAGGAACGUCCGCAACGAGGACAAUGGCAAGAAGCCAGAGAGGCGCCGUCUCAAGACCACGCGGCUCAAGGAGUACACCAUCAAGUCUCACUCCAGCAUGCCCCCUAACAACACCUACAUCAAUUUUGAGCGCUUCUCCAAGGUCAUGGAGGAGGUGGCUGCGGCCGAGGAGAGCCUGCGCGAGCUGGAGAAGACCAAGAAGUCCUUCCGGGAAGACGUCGAGGCCCUGCUCUCUAUCUACAACGAGAAGGAGUCGUGGUACAAGGAGGAGAAUGAAAGCAUCAGCCAGGACCUGCGUCAGAUCCGCCAGGAGCUGCAGAAGACGGAGACCCUGAAGAAGCAAGCCCAGGAGGAGACCAGGAGCAUGCUGCAGGCAGCCAAUGGGCUCAAGAGGCGCUACCGGAAGCUGGAGAACCGUUAUGAAGCGCUGGCCAAGCAGGUGGCCUCGGAGAUGAAGUUUGUGCAGGAGCUGGUGUGGUCCCUCGAGCAGGAGAAGCUGCAGGGCGGGGAGGGAGACUGCAGCAUCCGCUAGCCUUCUUCUGCACUGGUGGAGCGGGUGGGGGGAGAGGGGGCUUGGUGGGGAGAGCUCCUUUGGCACAGCUUGUAUGGGGAGAGAUGGCCCAUUGACCCAGCUGGGCUUUGUCUACGGAGCAGGAGCCCAGUGUGCUCCAUCAUAACGGCAUCACCUGGGAACAGCCUGAGACAACGUUCCUAUCAUGCAAUGCUCUUCAUCCAAGCUGUCACCUUCUGGGUCCACUGCAUGCUGGGGUACUCGGUAUUCCCCCCACAUUGCCUCUACACUGUGUUCGUGUAGAAAGCGGUACUGUACAAUCUGAUGGUUCUCUCUGAGUCCGUCUGGUCGGUCCCUGUCCGAGGCGGUUAGAGCAACAGCCGCUUCCAAGGCCUGGCUGACUGGCCUGCUCCCUGCUCCAGGAGCUGGGUCAUUCCUAACUCUAAAGUGAAGAGCCUUUGGCAAGGCGCUUCCUUGAUGCUUUUCUUUGGUCGCAGCUCAGCUGCGACUCCUCUUUUGACUCCCUGCAGCCAUUGCAGUACCCAGGUCAGGACAGACCUGGCAACUUUUCAGGCUUCAAGGGCAUCUUGGUAGCAGAAGCAGGCAUUGAGACACUUCAUCUUAGGACCCUUUCUGCAGAGGGACCAUGAGAUUGUCCUUGAAAAGCUGUCAGGUUCUGAGGCCCAGCUGAAAGCCCCCAUGGGGCAUGCUCUCUGGUGUUGCAGGGACCGUCUUUCUCCUUCAGACAUGCCAGGAGCCCCCUCCUCAAAAAGCCUGGCUCUUGAGUUGUUGACAAAGGCAGUUUGUCUUCACUGAGCUCUUCGGCCCAGCCGUGGGCCCGUUACCAGCCAGUGCUCUCACCAGCACCAUCUUGCCAACUUUCUUCCUGCUGUGGGGCUGUCGGUCACUAGCCCAGCUGCUGCUCUUCCCUCCCAGUUGCUUCAUUUAUCUUUUGCUUUGCUCUGAGUCCAGUCUCUGAGCCAGAUUGCUCUUGGGAAUCUCUUUGCUUUUGAGGCUUUCUCUGCUGUGAAGAGCAGGUGACAGGUGCUCCUGGUAAGGACUCAGCGUGUCUUUGACACUGGGGAUUUGCUUGACCAGCACUUCCUGCUUCCCAGGUUUGACUGGUUCCUCCCUAAGCCCUAGCUGGAAAAGUGAGUGGGUGAGAUGCCCUGGGCCUGUGCUGGGUUGUGGAAGUUAAGGCCUCUCGGGUCAAAUUCCACCACCUACUUGCCAUGUCAAGAUUUGGUUUUGACCACCUGCUAGCAGACAUACAAAGGCCUUGUUUGAUCGCACCCCCGCAGCUGUCCCCUGGCUGGGAUCCCAAAUCCAGGCAGGUGUCCUCCGGAGAUCUGCUCGGCACUCUCUAGCACUCAUGUUGCUGGCUCUGCAAGGGCUGCUGGGUAGGUGCUGGUCCAUGGCCCCUACCCGUGCCUGCUGUCUGGAUCCUCCUUGUAUCUGCUUCUUGCUCUGGGACUGCUCCAUCCUCAUUGCCUCUGUUUCCACUGCUGUUCAUCAUCUCUUCCAUGUUUUCAGUGCUCUCCAGUGAAGGUCUUCAAGAGCAGGUUGGACAGACACUUGGCUGGGAUAGUUUAGUCUAGGACGAUCCUGCCUUGAGCAGGGGGCUGGACUAAAUCACCUUAUGAGGCCUCUUCCAGCCCUACUGUCCUGUGAUCCAAAGAUGCUUCCCCUCAGUUCUCAGAGUAGCCAGUUCCUUCCCAGCUGGUCUUUGCUGUCAUGUGGUACCUGCUUUCCCUGCAUUAGCUUCAUGCACCUUGGUCUCAAGCUCUCAUAGCUUGUCAGAGGCUUCUGUAUCCAGCAGGGACCUGGGGCAGGAACUGGAGAGAGACCAGCAAGGAGAUGGAGUCUCUGGCUUAGAGCUGGUUCAUCCCCGCACUGUCUCCAUUGCCUCCCUGUAUGCCUUUUCCAUGUCACCUGCUUGUGACCCUGUGCCCUGCUGCUUGGCACUGCCUGAUGCUCCAAGCAGGACGUCUUCAGCAAGGCCAAGGUCCCUUUGAGCCUGUCCCUGGGUUCCUCUUCAAACCACAGCUUGACACUCCCCACACUUCCCUUCUCCUCUUUUCUCCAUAUAUCUGGCCAGCACCCGAUCUGGUGCAUGUGUCUAGGUGGGACCUAUGGUCAUCAGCCACUUCUUCUUGGCCCUGUCCUCUUACACGUGCUCCCAGAAACUUCUUGCCAGCCCCCUGCCCCUCCAGCCUUUACAUCCAAGUGUCGUUCUCUCUGUUUUAUGUCUGCGGGCACCAACUGGCUUUCAUACUCCUGUCCUGCAUAGCUGCCUUUCUCGCCGCAUGCAUGAUCUGUUCCUCCGCUAGGAGCUCAAAGCACUUUCAAAGCCCCGUCUCUUCCCCAGUGCAUCCAGAUGUCGGGACUCUUCAGGUUUAGAGGUGAGUGCACAGCUGAGGAAGUGGCACAAACGGCAGAUGAAACCAGGAGUCUGGACUCUCUUCUUAUCCCUGUGCACAUCCCAGCGGUCUUUCCUGCCCUCUGAACCAUGCUUCCCCUUGCUGAGCCCUCCAGCUCCUCUGGGGCCUGGGUUUUCCGGGCAGCUUCAACAUCCAGCCUUGCACUGGAGCAGCACCAGGCUCGCUCUGGUGAUGGAGCUGUCUUGCCACAGAGCAGCUGCUUUUCAGUGCAGUGCAAAUGUAUUAGCCCACCCUUGUAUUUCAGGUCUCUCGGCUUUGACUGUCGGCCCUGCAUGCUCGCCAAACCCAGGUUCCUCCCAACCGAGCUGAGCCAGGGUCUGCUUGAGAAAACCAGCUAGUGUUACAAAGAUCCUGCCCACAGACAGGAAAAGCUCUCUCCCAGCUGAAAAUGAGGGGGGCUUUUAACAUGCUGUGUGCAGCUUGUUAUGUCUCUGCUCGUCUGAAGGCUUCCGGAGCAGGGAGGGGAAGAAUGCGAAAAAUGCUGUGGAUUUCCCUGGCUUUUGUGCAAGGUCUUUGUUAAUGAUCCCUCCAGAGGGGGUUGGAGCUGAGAGGAAUUUGUUGCCAACUUGGCUUUCAAAGGAGCAUGCCUGAGCUCCAAAGCAGUGGGCUGUGUGGCUUGAGAGUCCUCUCCGGCUUCUCUGUAGUGACCCCCGUUGUUUUUUAAAUCCGGUUUUCCCUCUCCUUCGGGGUUGUGCAUGUCUGUGACCAAAGACUUUGACUCAGAGGAGCCCGAUCCUACCAGCUGCCACGUGCACUCGCAUCCAAUGGACUUUUCUGGGAGCAAGAGAGUGCUCGGUCCUGCCUGGGAUCAGGGCCUCAGGUCUACAGGGAAUAUCACUUAACCUCUGCUCAUGUCUUGUUGCCAGGGUCCAGGACCAGCCAGGGUAGAGGGGUCCAGGCUAGGUUUCCCAGGGGAGCUGGUUGAAGUCUGGCAACUGCAUGUAGAAGUCCCUUAUGCUAGCUUAAGAGAAGGUUUAAGGACUUGACCUUCAUGCUGUAGAGCAGGCAGUGUUGCUGUCGGCUCUCCUUGCACAGUGCUUUCCCUGAUGCACUUAUCCCAUUCCACUUGUAUUAACCUUUUCUUCUGUGCCAUCACUGCAAAGGUCAUGGAUCCUCCAGGCCAGCCCCAUGCUUGCUUGUCGACAUGGCAUGGGGCCCUUCACAUACCUCUCAAACACUCAGCUGUAUUGUCUGUGAUGCCACCUCAGAGGCUAAAUGGACUGCUGCGUUUGUGCCAACUGGAACCUGCAUUUGACAUACUGGAACACCCCACUGCCGGACUCUGCAGGUGCUUUCUAGAGGACAUCUGGAAGUGGCGAGUAGAUCAGUAGAGAAGUGAGGUCGGGGAAGGACGUGGACUGGCUGGGACCUUGUGCUGUUCCAAGCUGGUACCAAGCAAGCACCUGGGCCAUAGAAAGCGCUUUUUGUCCGGGCUUCUCAUGGUGUCCAUGUGCAAGAUCCAAGUGUCCUUUCUGUCCCCACUUGCUCUGCGUUCAGACGCAGCUGCAGAACUGAAGAAGAAGCGUUGCGGGCACUUCUCAUGCUCCAGAUUUCCUAAUGCCUUUACCCCAAAUGUUUUCUACCUAAUAGGGGUUGGAGAAGGCAGGUGCGGCUGUGGGGAGCGGGGCAUAAGCACCACAUGGGCUGCGGGGGUCUGGUCUCUAGUGGCUUGGGUUGGGUAGGAGCUACAGGUCCUGUUCUGGUUGCAUUGCUUUGCAGCCCCCCCACCAAGCAGGAAUCAACAGCUGGACAUGGUCUCUGCUUGGGUGCAGGAAUUUGGUUGUGUGGUGCAGACGGUUGUCCUGGGUUUGCCUGCCCCUGGGGAGAGGAGAUGCAAGAUGCUUGCCUUUUAAUGGCCCUGUGCUCUGUGCCAUCUCUGUUACCCUGCAAGAAGAAACUUUCCUAGGACCAGGGCUUGGCACAGGGGUGGAGCUCAGUGCUUUUGGCUCUGUGUCCUUGAGACCAGGUCCAGAGCAGGUUGCUUCCUGCUGGGCUUUCCAUGCCCCUUGUGAAUUCCUGCUUGCACGUCCUCGCUCAGUCUUGCUCAUGCUGGAGGUCCCAGGCUAGGUGUCUGGGUCUGCAGGCCCAGACCCUGGCAUGGUACCUGGGACUGGGGAUUAGCUGUUCAAACUGCUGGCAUUUCCUUCUGUGGGAAGCUGAUCUGGCUCAUUCACAGACAGUAAUCGCUCUUCCAGCCUCUUGCGGCGUGCAGCAAGCCUGGGCGAGACAGAUUGCGGUCUGGCCCGAGAGCCUUCCUCAUGGACGUGGCUCGCUGGGAAGGGGGUGAGAUGUAGCACGCACAGAACUGUUGGAUGCACAGAGCUGUUGCCUUCCCCCAGGGGUGGCAGCUGCACCCCCUACACCCAAGAUAGAGAAAUGGCCUCGUUUGUGGUGCAGAUGCCCCUUUGGGCAGCCAAUGCCUUAGCUAUUGUGCAGGUCUGGAAGGAGGCAGCCAGUCUGUUCAGCUUUGCCCAGGAGACGGCCGAUGCCUGCUGGCUUCUCUCUGGGCAGAGCCCAGCGGGCUCCUUUGACCUCACACGUCAGGCCCCCUCGUGCCGUGCCAAGUCCUGUAUAGCUGAGGGCUUUGCUCGCCCCCGGACGGGGACCUGGCUUGUGUUCUGACCUAGUGAAGCCAUAUCCUCUCCCGCGGUGUGACAUUCAGUCUGAUACCAAUAGGUCAUGCAAAAUGGUCUGAAUUUGAAAGGAAUAAAAGGUUUCUAUCUGAA